UUCCACCAGGCACCGGAAGUGUGAGUUGGCUGGCCGCAGAUAUCGCCAUGUCUGCCAUAUUUAAUUUCCAGAGUCUGUUGACUGUAAUCUUACUGCUCAUCUGUACCUGUGCAUAUAUUCGAGCACUCGCUCCCAGUCUACUGGACAAGAACAAAACGGGAUUCCUUGGAAUAUUCUGGAAAUGUGCAAGAAUAGGUGAGCGUAAAAGCCCAUAUGUGGCAUGUUGCUGUAUCAUCAUGGCCGUCACAAUUUUAUUUUCGGAGUAGCGACAAGAUGAUCUGAGAAGAGAUAAAAAGCAGCUACAAGAUUCUACGACAGGGAACAAGAUCUGUGAUUUGUCAACAUUCAGACUCUCAUGGGCAGAACUGGGGUUCUGUUGAAGCACAGUAGUAAUGCAUGUCGAGUGAUCUUGAGGCAUUUCUCAGUCUCCUGGACCUAUUUUUGUAAAUACAAAUUGUUGUCGGCCUCCAUGGUAAUGUUUCAGUAGUCAUUGACUCAGCACUCAAAGCUGUUUUGAGGUAACCAAAUGUUUAUGGGUGUCAGAGGGUCGAAAUGCUUUUAAUAUGAAACAUUAGGGACAAAUGGGUUGCACAUACAUGUGCCUGAUAUCAUGCCUAUAUCAUCAUUCAUCUGAAUCUGUUGGAUCUGUUUUAAAUGGAGAUGUGAAUUUGCAUUAAAAGAUUAAUUUAAUACAGAAA